UUCAAGUUUAUUGUGGGGCUAUUUAAGUAGUACUAAUACUCUUGAUUCCCUCCACUUCUGUGGUCUGUUUCACAACCUUUUCUAUCCAUCAAACACCACCAGAUAGUUGGGUUGAGAAAUAUGGCAACUGGGUUUGGGAGCAGCAACACUUGUCUUGUAUUGAAUCGACGCAGUGACUCUUGUUCCUCAAUUCUCUCCCAUUUUCCUUCUUCUCAUCCUACUCCUUUUUGGUCCACUCCAAAAAGAUCUUCAGUCAGAUGCCAGUCCACAAGCACAGAUGAACCAAAAACAAAGAUGAAUUUAUUUGACAAUGCUAGCAACCUCCUCACUAAUCUGUUGAGUGGGGGGAAAAUUGGGUCAAUGCCUAUUGCGGAAGGGGCAGUAUCUGACCUUUUCGACCGGCCACUUUUCUUCUCAUUGUAUGAUUGGUUCCUAAAGUAUGGAUCAGUCUAUAAACUUGCUUUUGGACCAAAGGCAUUUGUCGUUGUAUCAGAUCCCAUUGUUGCUAGGUAUAUUCUUCGCGAGAAUGCAUUUUCUUAUGACAAGGGGGUCCUUGCUGAAAUCUUGGAACCGAUCAUGGGAAAAGGGCUGAUACCUGCUGACCUUGAUACUUGGAAACAGAGGAGAAGAGUUAUUGCUCCUGGAUUCCACUCAUCAUACCUAGAAGCUAUGGCUAAACUAUUUACUGACUGUGCUGAUAGAACUAUGCUGAAAUUUGAUAAGCUUGUUGAACAAGAAGAGUCGGGAGGAGGGAAAACAAUUGAGUUGGAUCUGGAGGCAGAAUUCUCAAAUUUAGCACUAGAUAUUAUUGGGCUUGGUGUUUUCAAUUAUGACUUUGGUUCCAUCACUACAGAGUCUCCAGUUAUUAAGGCAGUGUAUGGUACACUUUUUGAAGCUGAGCAUCGUUCUACUUUCUACAUCCCCUAUUGGAAUAUCCCUCUGGCAAGAUGGUUAGUUCCCCGGCAGCGAAAGUUCCAAAAGGAUCUAAAGGUCAUCAAUGACUGCCUUGAUGGACUUAUACAAAAUGCAAAAGAGACCAGGCAGGAAGCAGAUGUUGAGAAGCUACAGCAAAGGGACUACUUAAAUAUUAAGGAUGCAAGUCUUUUGCGGUUUUUAGUUGAUAUGAGAGGUGUUGAUGUUGAUGAUCGUCAGCUAAGAGAUGACUUGAUGACGAUGCUGAUUGCUGGACAUGAAACAACUGCUGCUGUUCUUACGUGGGCUGUUUUCCUCCUAGCACAACAUCCAGUAAAAAUGAAGAAAGCGCAGUCAGAAAUUGAUGCAGUGCUUGGUCAGGGAAGGACAACCUAUGAGUCUCUUAAAAAAUUAGAAUAUUUGCGACUUAUUGUUGUGGAGUCUUUGCGCUUGUAUCCGCAACCUCCAUUGCUUAUUAGACGUUCCCUUAAAUCAGAUAAACUACCAGGAGGCUAUAAUGGUGACAAGGAUGGAUAUGAAAUUCCAGCUGGCACUGAUGUUUUCUUAUCUGUAUAUAAUCUUCAUAGAUCACCAUAUUUCUGGGACAAACCUAAUGAAUUUGAACCUGAGAGGUUCCUAGUACAAAAGGAAAGUCAAGGCAUUGAAGGGUGGGCAGGUUUUGAUCCAUCUAGAAGUCCUGGAGCAUUAUACCCAAAUGAGAUUAUAUCAGAUUUUGCCUUCUUGCCUUUUGGUGGGGGACCAAGAAAAUGUGUUGGUGACCAAUUUGCACUUAUGGAGUCAACCAUAGCAUUGGCAAUGUUGCUGCAAAAGUUUGAUGUGGAACUGAGAGGGUCUCCCGAGGAUGUAGAACUCGUGACGGGGGCAACUAUUCACACGAAAACUGGCUUGUGGUGCAAAUUGAAGAAGAGAUCAAAUGUUUGAAGAUCUCCAGCUUAUGGAUAAUAAUAUCCUAUCACAAUCAACAAUUCUGGUAUAUUCUAUGAGGAAGAGAAUCCAUAACAGCAGCGAAGGAAAUCACCCAAGAGUUCUAUUUUCUUUUAUAAUGAUUGUAGGAGGGAACAGCUUGCAUCUAAUUAGAUGCCACCUUUCACUCAUAUGCUUAAAUCCAUUUUAAAUAGACUGAAUGAAAAUUUUGUGCCAAAA